UCUUGGAACUGAUCGACUGUAAAGUUCUUUCUUCCCCAUCAUUCUCCUUCCUUCCCAUAUUUGUUCUUUCAUUCAUUCGUUCAACCAUGGCUUCCUCCACAGAUCCAUCCCAAGGAAGCAAACCGGACGAAAUCUUUACCAUCAAAGAAAUCGUUGACAUUAUAUCCAGCUCGCUCACAGCUCUCAGGAGCUCUCUCCCUGUCAACAAUGGCAGCAACACAAUCAGCGCCGACAACAACAACAUCGCCAGCGACUCCGACUCUCAAUUAUUGGAGAAGGUAUGUAAUGAUCUCAAUUACAUGAAAUACGCUUAUGAGAAUCUGAAAGAGUACGAGAAAGAGGUCAGCAAACCAAUCCUGACUCUGAAACGCAAUCUCGAUAGCAUCCUUGAAAGCAAGGAAAUCGAUCACAAAAAGAUUAACCGAAUUCUCAAAGAUAUAGGAAAUUUGAACAGCCAGAUUCCACCCGCUCGCAAAGUGACUUCCAGUAGAGUCGGAGCUCAUCAGUACUUGCAAUCUAGCGACAGAUCUGGAACCCGAAGAGUUCCUAAUUUACACUUCGAUGAAGCUUUUCGCAGCAGCCCUAGUUACGAAGAGCUGGAGAGAUUGUUUGAGACGCUCACGAUUGAAGAGAAGCUGUGCUUGUUGUGCUUCGCUGUCUUCCCUGAAAAUGCCCUUGUUAAGAGGAGGUUUUUGAUGUAUUGGUGGGUUGGGGAGCGUUUAUUGGAUCAUCCGGUGGAGCAAAGGGCGGAUGAAGUUCUUCAGGUGCUGAUGAGAAAAGGGUUUAUUGAGCCUGUUAACAAGAAGAGAGAGUUGAUUAUAAACAGCUUUAGAAUGCAGCCUUUAGUGCGCUCUGCGGUGAUUAUGCUUGCGAAGAAAAAUAUGUUCUUCGAUUAUGACCCUAAUGGGAAUCCAACUGCAGAUUCAUCAACGUGUGACAAGGCAUGCUGGGUAAAACUUGCAGAUGGAACUUCAGGCAACCCAUUAGUGAAUGGAGAGUCUUCAAGGAAUAUUUGGGGAAGUGGGUCUAUCAAAAACCCUGAAGUAUUGCAGACAUUGUUCAAUGUCAAUGAACCAUACCCUGAUAUACCAUCUGAGUUGUUUUCAAAGAUGAAGGAGCUCAGUGUUCUCUGCCUAGGUAGGUGGGAGAAAUUGGAUGUCAAGAAGACAACAGAACAGCAUAUUGAAGUUGAAAGCACAGAGUUCUUAAAAGGGUUGAUCAAUAUGAGAAACUUAAGACUUCUUAGCCUUCAAGGAGUCUCCAGACUCGAGAAAUUCCCAAGUUCCAGUAGCAAGUUCCCCAGAUUGGUUUCCUCAAAUGCCAAGCUCUCUAACUUGAGAAUUCUUGAUCUAAGAGCCUGUCAAAGUUUAGAAGUUCUUCCAGAUUGGCUACAGUUCCUUACAAAUCUUACCCACCUGGAUAUAUCCGAGUGUGUCUUGCUUAAUCGCAUGCCCAAGGCCUUGGUUUCCCUUUUGAAACUCGAAGUUCUUAAAGGGUUUGUGAUCAGUGAUGAAAAAAAGGAAAACGCAUGUAGCCUAGCGGAUUUGGCUAAACUGAAGAAGCUAAGGAAACUCAGCAUCUAUGUAUACAAGGACUUCUCAAUUGAACAAGGAUUUGAUGCUCUUCAGAAUUUGGAAGAGCUCAAGACUCUGUCAAUAGCCUGGGGAGCAGAAAACACUUCAAAGCAAAGCAAGCCUUCAACAAUCCAAAGCGUCAAAAAUCCUGCGAACAAAGAAGAAAAAAAGCACAAAGUGAGUGGUGCUGUAAAGAAGAGGCCAGAGAUGAAAGAUACAGAACAGCCAGAAACUGGAGAUGGUAAGAAACAGAAGGCCAGAAGUUCAGAGAUUCACGAACAUAAGAAAGAACAAGAAAAUGUUGCUGCAGAACAGCAUCCUUCGGAUACAGAGGCCACAAAUGCAGAAACUGAUGUGGGCAAGAAACAAAAAGGGAGUGGUGAUGUAAAGAAGAAGGUAGCAAUUUUAGAGACAAAAGAGGGUGAAGGUCAAGUCGCCAAGAGUCCGGAGACAAGAGAUGAUGAGAAGGGGCGACAAAACAUUGCUCCUACAGAACAGAAUGCCAGGAAUUCAAAGAGUACGGAUGAAAAAGCAGAGCAAGAUGGUGGUGCUGCGAAACCGAAGACCAUAAAUUCAGAAACAAGAGAUGUCAAAAUGCAACAAGGAAGUCGUCCUCCACCACCAGCAAGAUUAGGCUCAAUGACGAAAAGACCAACUCUAUUAAAAUUGGAAACCAUGAGGAGGGUUGUUGGUUUAGCAGGACCAAAGGAAAGUGAAGAGCCAACAAUUGUGCUUCCUAAAACUCUAGAGAAACUAGACUUGCGCUGUUACCCUCUGAAACCAAAACCCAGUUGGCUAAUGCCUGAGCAUCUGAAUAAGCUAAACAAACUCUGCAUCAGAGGAGGAAGCCUUGCAAGUAUAGGUGAAGUUCAGGAAAGUGAACAGGAUAAAUGGAAGGUCAAGAUCUUACAUUUGAAGUAUUUGGAAGAAAUGAAGAUGACCUGGACUCAAUUGCAGGAAUUGUUUCCCCAUUUGGAGUACUUGGAGAAAUUCAAAUGUCCUAAGAUCACCCUCUGCCCUUGCGAUGGCCAAGGAGUGUGGCUGAAGUCUGAAGAAUGACUCCAAUUUGCGGAUAAGACUGUUAAAACUGUGUUGUGCUUCUCAGUUUCUUCUUGGACUAUGUGAACAGAAAGACAUUUGUAUCCUUGUGAUGAAUCAACUUCCUUUCAAAUUUUUGUGUGUUGUGAAUUUAUUUUGUGAAUCAGAAUAAGAUUUCAGUUCACUACA